UUAUGUUUCUAUGCAACAGGCAUCCAGCAACUUCUUUCGUCGGUUUUCAUCCGUUGCAACUUUCCAACCCUUAAUAUAACUAAUCCCGAACAAAGAAAAAAGUUUUUUUCGGCUCACACGCGGUCUUCGGUUUUUUUCUACCCCGCUCUAAAAUCUUACCUGUGUUGAGUAAAAAUUAUACAAAAUGGCGGGCGUCGUGACGCAAAUCGGCCAGAGGUUGGCCAACAACACCUCCGCCGCUUCUUUGCUCGUGCACGGGGCCAAGACCGCCGUGGCGGCGACUUCAUCCCAUCAGACGCCGGCGAGAAGCGUUUACAGCGCCACUGCGAAACGGGAACCCGGCGCCCCAGGCGGAAAAACCCCUGUGUGGAAAUCAGCACAGGAUGCCGUGAAGGUCAUCAAAUCUGGCGACUCUGUGUUUGUACACGGGGCCGCCAUGACACCGCUGACGCUUUUGGAAGCCAUGACAGAGCACGGGAAGUCGGCAGGACUGAAGGACGUGGCCGUGUGCCAUAUCCACACUGAGGGACCCGGACUUUACACCAAGCCCGACUGUGAAGAAAAGAUUAGGGACCCGGACUUUGCUCCAAGUCCAACUGUGAAGAGUUUUGCUCUCCACUCAAAAGAUGAGCCGCCCUUUUUUGUUGUAGCCGCCACAUGGGCUGCCACUUUGGCGGCUGUGAAGGCAGCUGUUCAUGAAAAUGGUGGAAUUGCCUUGGAUGACUUGGAGGCAACCCUUAGAAAGAAUGUCAAAGGGGAAAGCUGGGCUACAACAAAAAAGGGCGGCUCAUCUUUUGAGUGGAGAGCAAAACUCUGCCAGGGCAUCUUCAGGAGCAACUCGUUCUUCAUCGGUGCCAAUUGCAGAGAGGCCAUUGGCUCUGGACGCGGAGACUUCGUGCCAAUAUUUUUGCACGAAAUCCCGCUCCUGUUCCGGCGGCAGCUGAUCCACCUCGACGUUGCCUUGAUCCAGGUCACUCCUCCGGAUGAGCACGGAUAUUGCAGCAUUGGGUCAAGCGUGGAUACUGCUCGAGCUGCUCUACAAAGCGCCAAGGUCGUCAUCGGUCAAGUGAACAAGAAUGCACCCAGGACAUUUGGUGAUGGUAUCAUCCAUGUUUCUCACUUUGACGCAUUGGUGGAGAGCAAUGUCCCGCUGCCUGAGCACCCGCCAAAGAAACGCUCUGCCAUUGAGAACAAGAUUGGAGAGCUCAUUGCCAAAGAGCUUGUUGACAAUGGGGCCACUCUUCAAAUGGGGAUCGGGAAUAUUCCGGAUGCUGCCCUGGCUUCAUUGACGGAUCACAAGGAUCUGGGGAUCCACUCCGAGAUGUUCAGCGACGGGAUCCUCCGCGAGCAGCUUUUCCCGACGCACUGGUUAUCGUGGCGGAGUGGUGACAACAACUCGUGUACACGUGAUGUAGCACUGGCUCGUGCCGUAGCGUAUGGACAAGCCGUUCUUGAACGCGGUUGCGCGCGUGCGAGAGUAGGUCCACCGCGUGGGACUGGUUCCAACAGCUCGCACUUAACCGGGGUUCUCAAAAAAUUUCGACGAAUUUCCCGAGAAAUCGAAGUGCGCAUUAAACGAGUCGCUGUUGCCACAAGAGUGUUGCGAAAAUUAAUCGGAAUUUAUCCGAAGAUGCAACCCGUCAGAUACGCAAUCCGUAAAUAUUCCGUGUCGGCAGCACUGCGAAGCAAUGUUCUAUACAGGGAACCCAUCGCUCCAAUCGUCGGCAGGAAGCCUGCCUAUAUGAAAAAGGAGGAGGCCGUGCAGAUGAUCAAAUCUGGAGACAUAGUUUUCAUUCACGGAGCAGCUGCUACGCCUUUGACUCUGGUGGAGGCCAUGACGGAGUACGGCAAGAGGAUGAACCUGAGAAACGUGCAAGUCUGUCACAUUCAUACAGAAGGAAAGGCGCCGUACAUGGCGAAGGAUUGCGAGGGUAUCUUUCGCGGAAACUGCUUCUUCGUCGGGGCGAACAGCAGAGUAGCUGUGAACGACGGUCGGGCAGAUUUCGUGCCGAUUUUCCUCUCCGAAAUCCCGCUCUUGUUUCAGAGACGAGCCAUAGAGCUGGACGUGGCCCUGAUUCAGGUCACUCCGCCCAAUGCGCAUGGGUUCUGCAGCCUCGGUACGAGCGUAGACUGCGUCAGGGCAGCGCUCACGAACGCGAGGAUAAUCAUAGCUCAGGUCAACAAGAACUUACCCUUGACCUAUGGCGACGGGAUUAUCCACGAAUCCCACGUGGACGCGUUUGUGGAAGAUCACAGGCCGAUGCCACAACAUCCGUGCAGAAAACGGUCGCCGGCAGAGGAUAAAAUUGGACAACUGAUAGCCCAGGAGCUGGUGCAGGAUGGAGCCACGCUUCAACUGGGGAUUGGAGCCAUACCCGACGCGGCCCUGCACGCCCUGUCUGGCCACAAGCACCUGGGAAUCCACUCUGAGAUGUUCAGCGAUGGGCUCAUUGACCUCAUCGAGACUGGUGCAGUGACGAACCAUCUCAAGAGACUAUCGCCCGGGAAAACCGUCAGCGCGUUCUGUGUUGGCUCCCAACGGCUCUAUGACUACAUUCACGAAAACCCCUUCAUUAUGAUGACAACUGUUUCCUACACGAACAUGACCUAUUUGAUCGCCAAGAACCCGAAGGUCACCGCCAUCAACUCUUGCAUCGAGGUGGAUUUGACGGGCCAAGUUGUUUCCGACUCCAUUGGCCUCAAGAUUUACUCAGGUGUCGGAGGACAAGUGGACUUUUUGCGAGGAGCCGCGAUUGGGUACGAUGGGCUCGGAAAACCCAUCUUGGCCCUUCCUGCGACAACAAGCAAGGGGGAAUCAAAAAUUGUCCCAACCAUCAAACAGGGUGGAGGAGUUGUAACGACUCGAGCGCAUGUGCACUACAUCGUCACAGAGUUCGGUACGGCAUAUCUCUGGGGCAAGAAUCUGCGUCAGCGCGCCUUCGAACUCAUCAGAGUUGCGCACCCUGACCACCGCGAGUGGCUCGAGCGCGAGUCGUACAAGCGACUCAAGGUCAUGCCUUCCCCCUGAAUUGUAAUCGAAUGCUUCUUUAUGCCCCAUAACGCUUGACUCAUCCACAGCGCAGUGUUUGAUUCUCUGCGUGCUCUUGCAAUCUACGUGAUGAAUAAAAAAAAUUCGAUUCGAACAUG